ACUUCAACAUUUUGUAUAAUUUUUACAACACUUCGCUUCAUGAGGGGCAUAUUUCCAAUCAUUCUCCUUUUGAUGCAUAUAUUUGUUUGUAAAUCAACCUCUCCGGUCACUCAUUUUGCAUAGUAGGAAGAUAUCUCCCUCAUUUCAUCUAGAAUUUUGCUCUAUAAGAAUUGGUACUAACUCUUGGUACUGUUUUUCAGGGUCAUCGUGGAGUCCAAGACGGGGACCCUCAUCCAAUUAGAAAGCGGGGAGGACGAGUGGGUUUUCUGAAAGUUAUAUUUUACAUAAGGGAAAAAGCCAUAAAAACCUUCAAAUUAUACAUAUUGUGAUACAUUUAUCUUGAACUUUUUUUUGACAUCAAAACCCCAAGUUAUACCCAAAACUUUGUCUUAUGAUAUAAAAGACCACAAACUUGUACCUAUGUUACACAUUUACCCUCCGUAAAUGUUCCGUUAAAUGAUUGUUUAGACAAAACAACGUCGUUUUUAUUUCAUUUAAGCCACAUGGGCGCCAUGCCAACUUUGUUAGCUUUCUUGCGUCCAUAUAGGCAGAUUUUUAAUGAUGUUUAUUGACGGAACCUUGACGGAAUGUAAAUGUGUCACAUAGAUACAAGUUUGAGAUUUUUAGUGUCACAGAAAAACGUUUAGGGUAAAUGUAUCACAGUGAGCAUAGUUUGGGGUUUUUGGUGGAUUUGGCCCUUUAGAUAAAUUAGCGUCAUUAUGUUGUUUAAGUAAAAACUAGGAUAUUUUUAUGCAUAGUCGUGGUACUCCUUUAAUAAAACUAGGGAUCUCAAUAAAUACAGCUGUUUGUGGGUUCGAACAAUAGAAUAGGUUGUCAUUCUACUAAUUUAUAUUAGGUCAUUAUUCUACUCAAUUAAAAUCUAGGAAAUAUCGUAUUGUCUCAAUACUGUUAUUUUGCCUGUUUUAAUAUCUGUAUAGAAAUAACCCCGCAAAUAUAUGCCUAUCCCUAAGUCGUAAUAUCUAGAAAAUCAAAGUAGGCGAACCAGCAUUUAACACCCGAUGGCCAAUGAAUCAUGAACCGAAGCCCAUCCAUGUCAUAUGCAGUUUCAGGAUGAAGUUUAAACUGAGAACUGGAAAGUUUUGGAAACGAAAUAAGUUGUGAAUUGAGUUUCGAUUUCUUCUCUCUUUUCUGUCAGAACUGAAGCAAGGCUCGUGAAGUUCAUUGUAAAGGAGAUCUCGAUACGGCUAACUCGGAUAUCCUGUCAUGUUGCUGAGUAUCCAGUUGGCUUGGUUUCACGAGUGAACCACCUGAUAUCAAAAAUGAGGAUGAGGUCUCCGCACGAAGUUCAGGACGAAGGUCUCACGAUUGGAUUAUGGGCCAUGGGAGGUAUGGGGAAGACAACUUUGGCUUUAGCCCUUUUUAACUCUAUUUUCGAAAAGUUUGAUGGUUCCGCUUUUCUCGAUGGAAUUUCGAGUGAUUCCAAAAUCUUGGAAAGUUUGCAAGAAAAGUUGCUAUCUACAUUAACGAGUGAAGAAAUAAGAGUGACCAAUUGCCGUCAAGGAAUUAAUUUAAUAAAGGAGAGACUUUGUCACAAAAGAGUUCUCCUUAUUCUUGACGGUGUGGAUCACAUAUGUCAAAUAGAAGCGUUAGCUGGAGAGCACAAUUGGUUUGGUUAUGGAAGUAGGAUCGUUGUUACAACAAGAGAUAAGAAUGUGCUCGACAAGAUUAAAGCUAUCAUCCAUGAAGUUAAGGCUCUAGAGGCUGCUGAGGCUCGUGAACUUUUUGAGAAGUACGCUUCGGGAAACGGAAACAAAGAAAUAACGGUAGAUCUUGUAGAUGAAGCUCUGCAUUAUACUCAACGCCAUCCUUUAGCCCUGAAGGCAUUGGGUUCUACCUUCUUUGCUAAGGAUGCAUCUAUAUGGAAAAGAGAACUGGAUCAAUUCGCCGGAAGCUCUCACCCAACCAUCCAUACUGCGCUUGAACAAAGCUUACAUGGAUUGGAUGAUAUUACUAAGGACAUUUUUCUAGACAUUGCUUGCUUCUUCGAUGGAUGGAAUAGAAAAUACGUUGAAGGUCUUCUUCGCAGUUGUUAUGCUGACAAUUGUUAUGGUGAAAGUCGUUACGAUGACAGCUGUUAUGAUGUCCCAGAUAGUAAAGUUGAUGGUAUAGUAAAUGAUCUCAUGGAAAAAUCCUUGAUAAGGGAUGAGAAUGGGACCAUACAAGUGCAUCGCUUGAUUAAGUUGAUGGGGCAGAAAAUUGCUGACGGAAAGCAUCGUCAUAAUCUCGCGAAACGUAGCAGAUUAUGGCGCUGUGAAGAAGUCGUCAAGGUAUUAUCAAGAGACGAGGGGCAAUAUGACGUAGAAGCCAUAGUGUUGGCCCCAAAAAAGCCGGUAGAGAUAGAAAAAAUUGGUUCUAAUCCGUUUGCAAAGUUGACAAAUUUGAGAUAUCUCAUAAUGAUUAACGUCACGCUCAAGACUAGUUUUCCACGUUCUAUUGUUCUCCCUCAUCAGCUAAGAUGGUUUGAAUGGCCAGAGUGUCCUGCCUCCUGUCUAAAAUUUUCCCCUACUCCAUUGAACCCGGCAGUACUUGCCGUACGCAAAAGCCUCUUAGUGAAAAACCGGGGGGAAGCAUGAUUUAAGGUUCGAAUGGUUUUUGGCAGCAUUCCAAGGCACUUGGAUUAGAAAAAUGAACCCCAAUUCCUAAGGCUAUUUGUCAUGAUUUUGUCCGGGAGAAGAGAAGAUGAAGUUGAGUUUUUGUUGUUUCUUCAACAAUUUCAGUCGCGCAGGCUUUUCAUGGAGCCGAAUUUGGAGCAAUGCUAGCCCUUUUAUUUUUUAUUUUUUUGGUCAGAAAUGCUAGCCCUUUUAGAGCAGUAACUUUUACAGCACAUAGGGAGCAUUUGAAGUGAGCCAGAGAGAUUCUCUAGAGAAAAGAGAACAGGCUUCGUUUGGGCAAGAGAGGGAGAUAAAAUAGAGUGCGUUCACUAGAGAAAUUUGUAUGCGGUGAGAGCGAAUGAUUUGUAAUAGGUCAGUGAGGUCUUACUUUAUCGCAAAUGGGGUGUACAAGUGUUGUACGAGACACUAUUUUACUCGAGUGUUAUACCAUUUGUAA